CACACACAUAAUGUACGAACAAACAGAUUGGCUGCCUUGGAGAUUAAUAAAUUUCAGGAUCAAUUAGUCAAGCGGCUUGUCAUGGAUUUGACGCUAUCAACAGCGUCCACAACAACAUCGAACGAUGCAUAUUCAAGGCACCAGUAUCAACAACAACAACAACAGCAACUACUUGCAAAACAAGAAAACAACUUUGGACAACAGCCGCCAUCACAGCCGUACGAUUAUCACAGCAUGGAACCGGCGGCUACCAGUAAACAUUAUGGCAAUGAUGCAACUCAACAGCGUCAACAACAGCAACAGCAACUAGAACGCUACUGGCAGUUACAGGCGGCAAGACAACGUCAAUGGUUAUUGCAACAGCAGCAACAACAAUUUGAAUGGAAUUUCGCAACGUCCUUUCUGUACUCGCUGACCGUUGUGACGACAGUGGGCUAUGGCACUAUCACGCCACGCACCACACUUGGCCGCAUGGUGACCAUUGUGUAUGCCACACUGGGCAUACCACUCACCUUGGUUUAUCUCUCGAGCAUCGGCAGCAUACUGGCCAAGUUGGCGAGCGGAUUUUGCGAGCGUCUGCUCUGUUGUUGCUUUUGUCGCGCAUCCACAAAUAAACGACACACAAUUUGUGGCUUCAGCCGACAACAGGUCUCCGAUAAAAAGUGCAAUCUUAAGCUGCAACAGCUACAAAAACAUCACCAACAACAGCAGCAGCAGCAACAGCAUUCGACGAGUUCAGCAACGUCUGCGCAGCAACAAACAGCGCCUUCCACGCAAUCGGCACACUUGCCCUACUGCUACGUGCGUCCCCCGGCUGAGGAUGCGCUCAGCUAUGCCGCUGAGCACUCACCACUCUCCUCCGUACACUCUGGCCACACGCGCAGCGGCAGCGCGCAUACUCUACGCUGGUCCUUGGCGCUGCCGCUCGGCUUCUGUGUGGUGCUGCUGCUAGCGUAUAUCGCUUUCGGUUCGCUCGUCAUUGCCUUACUGGAGCAGUGGUCACUCUUCGAUGGCAUCUACUUUUGUUUCAUGAGUCUGACCACAAUCGGAUUUUGUGAUCUGCUGCCAGGCGCGCAUGUGCGUCCGGCUACAACCGCUUCGACGUUGGUGGUAUGGUUCUGCGUGGCGUAUAUUCUGAGUGGACUGACACUCACAUCUAUGUGUGUGAAUUUGUUGCAUGAUGAGUUCUUGCAACGCAUGCGUGUUGUGGUGAAAUUCAAGAAAAUUGCUACUGGCAAGAAUACGGCGAAGGAGCGCAGCUUCUAUGGGGCGCCACCACCUUGACGAUGCGGCUGCGAGAAAAGCGAAAACGAGCCGUGGCUUGGUGUGACAGUUGUAUGCCAUGUAACUCUGGCGGCAAAACUGCAGUAUGGCGAUAACUUUCUACGUAUGCUGGGCUUGCUGCUGCGGCAUGAAAUAAAGAUUCAACAGUGGACAAGCGGAAGAUGAAUGUGUAGACGGAUGUAUGUGUGAAAGUGUGGGAUGAAAAAUGUGUAGAUAAACAUUAUAUAUACACAUAUAUAACUAAUCUGGUGCCAAAAUGUGAUUAUUUAUUAAGUGGUGAGUAUCAAAAAUGCAUGGAAAAAUUAAAUGCAAGCAGACGGCCUUAGUCUAGCAAAAAAUAGGCCGGUUUUAAUGAUAGCAUUCAUUAAGGGAAGGAAACAAAAAGAACAGGAGCGGGUAAAUGCGGGAAAACCGAAUGGUGCUUUGAGAAGAUUUUGAGCCUACUCGGUGAAUUUUAUUCGAACUAAUACCAUUAAAGACUUCCUUCAGUAAUCAGACCAGUAACUUGUUUAGGUUUAGGAACCCUUAGAAUAUCUCUGGUCUAUCCGAAGUCAGAAAACCUGGUCGCCUUGUAUUUUGGGGCUUCCAUGCAGUUCUUAUGAGCCGCCUAAGUCUAGCGGGUUGUCUAGACAGAGAUCGCAUGGGGCCAAAAGAGCGCAAAACUUUUUUUACUCGGAAACGUCUCGGCCAGACAGGAAGCUCAUCAGUCUUUAAGCUGCUUGCGAUACCGUUGUGUUCUGGAACCCCUACGAAGUAGACUAAUGCGAGUUCAAUAAACCACCUACGAAAGAGUCCAGCACAUGCUAAUGGCUCUUCAGAACCUCAACUCUUCUUCAAUUUUUGACUUAAAGGAUAGUUUGCAACU